UUUGAUCUCGGAACCUUUGAAUGGAGGACUCGCGAUCGUACUUUGCAGCCUCGAAGAAGCUAUAACGAUUUUCAGAAAAUUUCUUUUUAAAAUAUCUUUAUUUACAUGUAGCAAUAUUAAAUGUUUGGAGUCGACUAUGAGAAUGCGGUUUGAUAGAAAUCUGUUCUUUUCUGAAUUUCUUGCACUAUUAAUCUUGUUUCCUUUUUGCUUCAAUUGAAGUAGAAAAAGAGAAAAGAUGGGUGGUGUAGCAAGAAGUGCAGGUGAAAAGAACAGAACAGAACAGACCUAUGGCUCGUAUAAGCAUGCGUUCUAACCUCUAUUUUCAGCAUUUCCAGGUGUUUGGAAAGAGGACAUGUGCUUCCUGCUCAAUUUUAUUAUUAAUCGCAAUUGUUUAGUAGGUUAACAGCUAAGCAUUUACUUAAGAUUAAUUGCGCUCAGAAUUAAGUUUUGUUAUGAUUAGAGUAAACUGUAAAAAUAUAAAGUAGGGAAAAUUAAGCGAGUCUAGCGGUACAAUUUAUCCUGGAACUUAACGAAUUAAAGUGAUUGUGAUCUGAAGAAAUUGAAACAAUGGCUGAUACAAACGCUACGGAAACAAUAAUCAACGUGGAAAAUGAGAAAAAUCCGUAUGCGUAUCUCGAGAGAGACGAUUUUACUUCUGAGAAGUACAAAAUAGAAGUUCGCGGUCUGCCAAAAUAUUAUGGAAUUGGCGAAUUCAAAAAGCUCCUGAAUGAAAAGCUGGAAUUGCAAUCGUGCAAGGUAAAGCCGCUCAGGAAGACUCACAACAGUUGGUUGUAUGUAAGCUUCAGAAGUGAGGAGUGCCGACAACGAGCAAUAUCCACUAUAAAUGGGAUUUUGUGGAAAAACAGCACACUUACAGCACAGAUAGCUAAACCAGCUCCGGAUCCUUUUGUGAAAAGAAAGUUGGAACAAGAUUCUAGCAAUAAACGUUUAAAGACUGACACUGAGGAUCCAAACUGUUCUCCUAAGGAUAGAAUCAAAUUCAUUACUACUCCUUUGUGGAACAUGCCAUAUCUAGAUCAACUGGAAUUCAAACAGAAGGAAAUGAGAUCUAUCCUGAUCAAAAUUGGUCAGAAAAUGCUUACAGAAAGUAAAUAUUCACUAACAGAGUGGAUAAAUUCACAAAAAAAGUUAUAUGAUGGAUUACCUUGCAAACUGCAGAAUAUACUUUCAGUAGAUGUUACCGAGGCUUAUAGAAAUAAAUGCGAAUUUACAGUCGGUAAAGACAGCGAACAGAGCAAAAUUAUAAUUGGCUUUAGACUAUCGACUUAUGCCUCAGGUUCCACAGCAGUUGGACCUAUUGACGAUCUUUGUCACAUUCCAGAAAACAUGAAAAUUGCUGUAAAAAUACUAGAAACAUUCAUAUGUGAGUCAAACUUAGAGCCUUUUAAUCCAGUAGAUCACAGUGGAUACUGGAGACAAGUUACCGCUCGAGUUACUCGUGCCAAUCAUCUGAUGUUAAUAAUAGGAAUACACCCUCAAGAUCUAAAUACUGUUGAAUUAGAAAAGUUAAAAUCCGAGCUGAGAACAUUUUUUGAAACUGGAGAAGGUGCCCAGGCUCAUGUCACCUCGUUGUAUUUUCAAACAAUAGAUAAGAAAAGUAUUGGCGGUAAAAGUAGCGAUACCUUACAUCACAUUAGCGGAACAGAAUAUAUAGAAGAAACAUUACUUGGAAUGAAGUUUCGAAUUUCACCUCAAGCAUUUUUUCAAGUCAAUACGUUGGGAGCGGAAGUCCUGUACAAGGCAGCGAUUGAUCUUGCCGAACCUACGCUAGAUACGGCAUUACUUGACGUAUGUUGCGGUACCGGAACCAUAGGUCUUUGCUUUUCGAAACAUUGCGGCGAAGUAUUAGGGGUGGACAUUAUUCCUGACGCUAUAAAAGACGCGAAAGAAAAUGCUAUCAAAAACAAUAUUAAAAAUUGUGAAUUUUUUGUUGGAAAGGCGGAGGACAUUUUGUUGCCUGUCAUUUAUAGGACAACAAAAUCCAAUAUUAUUGCCAUUGUAGAUCCCCCACGAGCUGGCUUACAUCAAAAAGCUUUAUUGACAUUACGUAAGUCAAAAAAGCUGGACAGAUUGGUGUAUAUAUCUUGUGAUCCUCACGCUGCCACGAAAAAUUUAAUAGACUUAGCCCGACCUAGUUCCAAGCAAUAUCUUGGUGAUCCUUUGGUACCGGUAAAGGCCAUUGCGGUUGACAUGUUUCCUCACACUAAACAUUGCGAAUUGAUAUUAUGCCUUGAAAGGUUAUCGAAGGCAAUGAAAUUAAACAAAUAAACUAUCCAACAAAAUCUGGAAUAAAGCUUAAAAGAAAACUUAAAAGAAUAUUUGUAUAUUCUUCCAUUGUAUGUGAGAGUGUAUACAUGUAUAUUAGAGUAUUUUUAGAAAGUGGACACAGGUAGAAAAUUGCUGAUAAAUUUUAUCAACAUUUUUGAUAAAAAAAAA